AUGGCAGAGAAGGAGCUUGACAGGUUGCGGAAAGAGUUUGUGUCGAGGGUGUCACAAGAAAAUCUUAAAGAGCUCCUUGAAGCCUUUGUUACUGAUGGCAUCUUGAAUGAUUUAGAGAAAGAAUCCAUACUAGAAGAGAAUCAAUCCAGAGCAGAUAGGAAUUAUCCUGUGACUGAAGAGUCCAUUUCAAAGCGUGUAGCCCUACUGAUUACAAACAAAACUUUCAACCGGUAUUCAACCAGACACGGAGCUGAGAAAGAUGACUAUAAAAUGCACUGCAUGCUUGCGGAGCUGGGAUACGAUGUGGUGAAAUAUAAGAACUUGACUGCAAAGAAGAUUGAAGAAGCUCUACAAAAGUUCUCAAAACACCCACAGCUUGUCCACACAGAUAGUGUGUUUGUAGUUAUCAUGUCUCAUGGAAGUCUGGGAGCUGUCUGUGGCACUGACUGUAAACCUUUCAAAACUGAAAAUAUUUACAAGUUAUUAAACACAGAGAAUUGUCCUGCACUGCAUAACAAGCCCAAGGUCAUCAUCAUCCAGGCUUGUAGAGGAGGUGAAAACUCAUCAUUGUUUGCUAGUGGAAGAAAUAUAGAGACAGAUGCUGUGGUACACAAAGAAAAGGACUUCAUCUCUCUUCUGUCCUGCACCCCUAAUACGGUUUCAUACAGAGAUCCGUCAUAUGGCUCCUUUUUUAUCCAAUAUAUUGUUGAAGUGUUCAAUGAGUUCGCUCAUGAGGAUCACAUUGAUGAACUGUUCAGAAAAGUCAUGCAGCGCUUCGAAGAAUCUGAUUUUGGUGGAAUUCAGAUGCCAAGCAAAGACAGAUGUACUCUGACAAAGAACUUCUACCUGCUUGACUACUAA